CAGCGCACCUUCGUGCUCUACAGCGAGAUGGCGCCCGUGAUUAUCGCCUACCGCGUCCUCGAGCAGAAGCAGAAGCUGCGCCGCGACUGGAACGGCCACGAGAACCCGGCCCUGGAAGACGCCGAGUGGGCCGCGCUCCACGAGCAACACGCGCAACCGACGGUCGCGUGCAUGCGCCGCAUGCUGGGCUCCUACGUGAAGCUCGGCCAGUUCCUCGCGCUGCGGCCCGACAUCGUGCCCGACGUCUGGACCAAGGAGCUGCGGACGCUGGAGAACGCGGUGCCGCCGCAGGCGACGGACCUCGUGCGCGAUACCAUACGCAGAAGUUACGACGUCGAAUCCAUCCAUGAAAUUUUCAAGACCUUCGACGACACACCGCUGGGCUCCGCGUCCAUCGGCCAGGUGCACCGCGCGACGCUCCUCGACGGCCGGGAGGUCGCCGUCAAGGUGCAGUACGGCGCGGGCAACGAGCGGAUCAUGCGCGACGACAUCCGCAACGGGAAGCGCGCGGCGACGCUCCUCGCGCCGGAGCAGGUCGCGAUUUUGGACGAGAUCGAGGCCCAGUUCGCGACGGAGUUCGACUACCGGGCCGAGGCGAAGCAUUUGGCGGAGGUCCGCGCGAAUUUGAAGCGCGCCGGCUUCGUCCGCGACUCCCAUGUUCGACGGGGCGCCGUCGACGUCCCGCGGCCCGUGGCGGAGCUCUGCACGAAGGACGUUUUGGUGAUGUCCUACAUGCGGGGCGAGAACUUGGUCGACGGCAUCCAGCGCCUGGGCGACCGCGCCGCCGCGCGCGAGGGCGUGCCCUUCGAAACUCUGAAGAAGCGCAUGCUCCUCGUCGACGGCCUCUUCAACGGCGACCCGCACGCGGGCAACUUCCUGCUGCUGGAAAACGGCGCGAUCGGCUGCAUCGACUACGGCCAGGUGAAGCGCCUCAGUGACGCGGAGCGCCACUGGCUCUGCCGCUGCUACGUCGCCCUCGCGACGGAGGACGUCGCGAAGCUCCGGAGCCUCGCGGCGGAGAUUGGCAUG